UGGAAACGAAGGCCCUCAACAACAAAACAAGACAGCGCAGCACAACAGCAUCAUGGGUGACAAGGGACAAGCCAGCAGCAAGCCGCCUCCCAACGUGGUGCACCAGAACGCCAUCAUGGUUGAGACCAUCAAGAAGGAGCACCGUAACCAGAAACUCUUCACAAACUACACAGUCAACCCACACGGGAAGCCGCUGUGCCUUGCAGAUAAGCCCAACAGGACAGUGCCAGCAGAGUUCUCCGAGCAAACACAAUCGUCGCUGCUCACAACCUUGCAGAAGGGCAAGCAGACGCCGAAGCAAAAAUACUCCAUGCCCAUGACCAGCUCACAAGAAUAUGGUUGGGACAUUGAGGACGAUGACAUGAAGAAGCCGCCGACGGUGCUGCACAGACCAAAGGAGACAACAGAACUCACCCGCUUCAUGAGCGAAUUCUGGAAGCAAAAGGAGCAAGCAAACCUUGGGAGUCAACAGACCCAAGAAGCGGCCAAGAAGUAACCAGCACAGUCACAUCUCACCCAUCAUCCAUCAAUUAUCCCUCUCCCAUUUCCAACCCACGCACACACGCACACACUCAUGCACACACUCAUGCACACACACACACACAAACGCAACGCACAAGUAUGCACGCACGCACAAGUGUCAUGCAGAAUGAUUUCCUUGACCAAAGGGGGUUUUGCUUUAUCGUUACUUGCAACCACACGACUCUAAGCUGCCUGCACCCUAUCACCGUCACCACCGCCAUCACCACCACCAUCAUCGUCGUCAUCACCAUUGUCGUCGUCGUUGUCAUGCCUGUCACCAGCAUUAAUUGUGCGCGUGUGUGACCAAGUACAUACAUCUGAUCACAGA